CAGGGAAGGAGAUGGCAUCGGAGGCGGCUCCUUCGAAGGAAAAAGAUGUCGAGGAGAGUGUGCCAAGUGAUGGCAAAGACGGCGGUGACGAGAAAGCUAAACCCAAAGAAGCUCUGCCGGUCCCAGCUGACCCAAGUAAUACACCGGAUGGAAGGGCGGUGGAUGCAGCUCAACUCACUGCCCCUUCGGGCGGCGGUGGCACUUCAGGCGAACAGGCUGGAAAGAAGGCUGAGGCGAUUGCCGAAGAUUCUGCAGGGCCUGCUGCCGCAGCGGCCCCAGGAGCCCAACAGCAAGGUGUAGCUGCCGCUGGCACACCGACGAGCAACGAGGAGGAGCCGCUGCCAGCAGCAGGGGACACCGCCACUGAGGCCAGUCACCCAGCGACGACGACUGGCGGUGACAGCGGCAGCAGCCCCGCGGCGCAGUCGCCGCCGGGGAGUUCCGUGGGGACAAACGAAGCUGGUGAUGCAGAACAGGAGCAGCCCGCAGUCACCGCACCCAAGCAGAAACCCGAAACGAGCGGUGAGAGAGGAGAAGCCACUCAGCCGGCAGCGGGGGCGGCUGCUCAAGCGGCGACUACCACCAACUCGACGAGUGCAGCGAAGGCGGCGCCCGGCGACAGCGACGGCAGCAGCACCGUGGCCUCGCAUUCCGCCUCCCCCCUUGCGCUGCUUCUUCUGCUUGCAUGUGCGGCUGCCGCUGCGAUGCUGGCCGCGUGA